AUGGCUCCUAAACGUACCAAGGCGGAGAAGAAGGUCGCCUAUGACCAGAAGCUAUGCAAAUUGCUCGACGAGUACACGCAGGUUCUGGUGGUGGCGGCGGAUAAUGUUGGUUCGACUCAGAUGCAGAGCAUUAGGAAGGGAUUGAGAGGACAUUCGAUCGUCCUCAUGGGUAAGAACACUAUGAUGAAGAGGACUAUCAGGCUUCAUGCGGAGAAGACCGGAAACGAGGCUAUUCUCAACCUCAUUCCUCUGCUUGUUGGAAAUGUUGGACUGAUCUUCACCAAGGGCGAUUUGAAGGAAGUCAGUGAAGAGAUUGCUAAGUACAAGGUUGGAGCUCCUGCUCGUGUUGGUUUGAUUGCUCCAAUCGACGUCAUCGUGCCGCCUGGAAACACUGGCCUCGAUCCAUCACAAACAUCGUUCUUCCAGGUUCUCAACAUUCCUACUAAGAUCAACAAAGGAACUGUGGAAAUCAUCACACCAGUGGAGCUUAUUAAGAAGGGCGAUAAAGUCGGAUCAUCCGAAGCUGCCUUGCUCUCCAAGCUUGGAAUCAGGCCAUUCUCAUAUGGCCUAGUCGUCCUCUCUGUUUAUGACAACGGCUCUGUUUUCAGCCCCGAGGUUCUCGACCUCACAGAAGAUGACCUUGUCGAGAAGUUCUCCAAUGGCCUUUCCAUAGUUACUGCUUUUUCGCUCGGCAUCUCUUACCCAACGCUUGCAGCUGCACCACACAUGUUCAUCAAUGCAUACAAGAAUCUCCUCGCCAUUGCAGUCGAAGGCGACUAUUCGUUCCCGCAAGCCGAUAAAAUCAAGGAGUAUCUUGCAGAUCCCAGCAAAUUUGCAGUGGCUGCUCCGGCAGCCGCUGCUGCCGGUGGCGGUGGAGCCCCGGCCGCUUCUCCGGCCGAGGAGGAGAAGAAAGAGGAACCUGCUGAGGAGUCUGAUGAUGACAUGGGAUUCAGCCUGUUUGAUUAA